AUGAAACAGUUUAGCUGGUUUUCAGGUGCCCAGGGUCUAUACUAUCUGCUAGCAAUAAUUGCCAUAUAUCUAGCACUAGUACUACAAGUGAUACCCCAAUGGAUGUCCAAUAGUAAACCCUGGGAUCUGAAACUGAUUAUACGCGGCUAUAAUGGUCUACUAGUGCUGAUUAAUGGCUACUAUUUUUUCUACGAGCUCCGGGAGCUGGACUACGGCUGGAAAUUGAUGACCGAUUUUGCCGUACCCGACGAUCGGCAAUGGUCGCCAACCAUUGGAUAUGACAUACACCGUGUCUAUUGGUAUCAUUGGACAAAACUACUAGAUCUAAUGGAUACCAUAUUUUUUGCUCUGCGCAAAAAGCACCGGCAGAUAACUUUCCUGCACCUAUACCAUCACUCAACUGUUGCCCUACUAUCAUGGCUGGCCAUAUGGUACCGGUUCAAUAUGAUGCCCCUGAAACUGUUUAUCUUGCUUAACUCAUUUGUACAUACAUGUAUGUACGGAUAUUAUUUGUUGGCAACCUAUGGAUCAGCCAGGUUACACCAGUAUCUAUGGUGGAAACCUUGGCUAACCAAGCUACAGUUGGCCCAAUUUAUCGUAUACAUAGGCUAUGGUACCCUGGUCGAGCACCUGGGUGUACCAUUUCCGCCACUAUUGAAAUAUUAUACACAACUACAGAGUCCCGGRUUUUUMUAUAUGUUUUUCAACUUUUAUCGCAAUAAUUAUUUAAUGUGUUUAUGUUAA